AUGAAAAGGAGAGAAUCGGAAUAUAACGUCCAAGAAGAACGCCGAACUCGCUCGAAAUCGAAACGCACUAUUAUAUGGAUAGUCAUUGCCCUUACCAUUUUAGCGAUAAUUGCAACCGCAGUUGCGCUAGUAGUCGUAUUGAGAGAUCAACUGACAAACAAUAAUCAAUCAACGCAACCUGGCUUUAGCUAUGAAGAUAUGUUUAGUUCUUUAUACCAAUAUCAAGGCUAUGAUGUCUUCUGGCAUGAUGAUGAAAUUUAUUCUUAUAAAACUACUGGUGGUGAUGUUCGUAGUCAUAACUCCAAAACCACUAGUACACAAAAUGUCAUUACGCGAGCCUCAUUGAGCUUGUACUCAGCUACGAAGACUUGGGUUAGCCCUGAUCGUCAAUUUGUCUUGCUAGCUUAUGAUGUCGUUCAGCAAUUUCGUUACUCUUUUCUUGCUCGAUAUGUGGCCUACAGGAUUUCUGACCAGCGGUUCUUUCCUUUAGAACCGUUAGGUGUUGGAAGAUUGCUAUCUUAUAUGGGCUGGUCAGCAAGUGGUCAUCAACUGUCUUUUGUCUAUAAUAAUGAUGUUUACCUUAUUCCGGAUCCUGCAGUUGGUUCACCAAUUCGAUUUACUUCUGCUGGUAAACCUGGAGUUGUUUUCUAUGGAGUACCUGAUUGGAUGAAUGAAGAACAAAUAUUAAGAUCCAAUAAUGCAAUUUAUUGGUCCAAGAAUAAUGCUUACAUUGCUUUCGGAUUCUGGAAUGAUACUUUUGUUCGCCCUUCCAAUCGAUUACAUUACAAUCCCGGUCUGUCUUACGCGUCUGUUCAUAAUAUUCGUUAUCCAAAGUCUGGCGAUACCAAUCCUUUAAAUCGUGUUAUUGUUGCUAGCUCAACGAAUCCUGCCAAUGGUUUUGCGCUAUCUGCUCCUGCAACUUAUGCAGGCCAAUUUUACUUUACUAAUGUCAAUUGGGCUACAAAUAACGAUGUUAUUAUUACCUGGAUGAAUCGAGCCCAAAGUUCAACUACGGAUGUUAUAUGCAAUGCUGUUACUAGGCAAUGCCGUACUCUAAGUAAAACGGAUAUCACCAAUGGCUGGGUUAAUCCGUUCUAUCCGGAUCCAAAAUUUAGUUCGGAUGGCUCCUAUUACUUGCAACUUCAACCUAGAACUGUUGCAAGCUCCGAAACAUAUUAUCAUAUUGCCAAAAUAUUUACAUCGAACGGCACUAAAGUCUGGAUAACGUCAGGCAGUUUCCAAGUGACUGAGAUUUAUUCGCUAGCAGAAGCCAGAAAUUUUGUUUAUUUCCAAAGCACGGAAUAUUCACGUGUUACAAGACAUAUUUACAGUGUAACACUAGAUGGAACCAAUGUCAGAACUUGUAUCUCAUGCAAUUUCAAAGCUUCUAGCGUUUGUUCUUAUUAUUCAGCGUCGUUUAGUGCCCAAGCAUCUUAUUAUAUCCUCAACUGUUUAGGACCAAGCAUACCUAAAUAUUAUUUGGUUGACGCUGUGGCUAAUAAAUCUACUGUUAUGGAGGACAAUCAUGUUGUUUCUGAAAGACUGGCUAAGAAAGAUUUAGCAAGCACCACGUUCUACACCUUUACUAGUGGUGGUUAUGAUAUUAACGUGGUUGAAUACCGUCCACCUUAUUUUGAUAUAACAGUUAAAUAUCCAGUGAUUAUUUACAUGGAUGGAACACCUGACAGCUCUGUGGUGGAUACACGAUUUCAAUUGGGCUUUAUUCAAUACCUUGCUUCCUCAAUGAAUAUUAUUGUGGCACGCAUUGAUCCGAGAGGUACAAAAGGAAGUCAGAGAAAUGAGUUUACCUAUUCCGUCUAUCGAAGAUUAGGAUUUGUUCAAGUCCUUGAUAUUGAGAAUUAUGUCACGUAUUUAAAGACGCAAGGUUACGUUGACACUGCCAAAAUAGCAGUUUAUGGCUGGGGAUAUGGAGGAUAUCUUUCAGCCAUGACUGUUGGAUCUGGUAAAGCCAAGGUAAAGUUGGGAAUUGCAGGAGCGCCAAACACCAACUGGAUAUUCUAUGAUUCCGUCUAUUCCGAGCGCUACCUCAGUACUUAUGCUACUAAUCGCCAAGGCUACGAGGAGGCUUCGGUCCUGAAUAAAAUUAGCGGUUUUGAAUCCUCCGAUUUUGCCAUUGUCCAUGGUAGCUACGAUGCAAAUGUCCUAUUUCAAAAUUCUGCCAAUUUAAUUAAUAAGCUGCAAAGCGAGGAUAUUAAGUUUAGAAUGCAGACUUAUAUCAAUCAAGGCCAUGAAAUUACAGACAAUAAAACGAUGCAUCAUAUGUAUCGCUUUAUUACCGAGGAGAUUGUAUCCUCCCUUGGCGUUCAAAAUCCGAUUCCAUAA